AUGUUUCUCCUCAUUAGUUUUGCUUAUUCAAAGAUCUGGGCACUAGAACUGAAUCUAGAUAGGAUAUGUUUAAGUGGAUAUAAUGGAGAAAAUCUUGAUCUUUUUCGCUGUGUUCCAAAUAGAAUUUGCAGGGAAAAUGAUUUAAGCACAUAUGAAUCAUUUUCCGGCAAUGAAUGUGUUGAAAGUUCGAUAUAUAAUGAUACAUUCCCAAAUUCAAACUACGAAAACGCAAAUUACAUUUUACUCAAAGAAUCUCUUAAAGAUGCAAACCUUUAUCAUGAUUCAUUUAUAAUAAAAUACGAAGAAUGUUUGAAUCUUCUACAAAAAUCAAAACUACUUCGUAUAUUCAAGAAAUUAGAUAUGAAUAUACUUUCUACAUAUAAAACCAUUCAUGAAAUCGACGAAGAUGUCAAUUUGUCAACAUCUGCAAACGAAACAAUCGAAGAAAACAUACAAAAUAUUUUGAAUAAAGAAACUCAAGAAAUUAUAUCAACAGAUGCGACUAAACCAGCAGAGCAAAGCAUAGAUAAUGAUAAUACUAUACAAAACUAUGUUAAUGAUCAAACAAAUGAAAAAAUACAAAAUAAUUCAGACGAAAAACCUAAAGAAAGCGAACAAAAAGAAGAUUCUGAGAAGAGUACACAAGAAGGAACCAAUGAACAAGGUGAAGAAGAUCGACCAACCAAUAGAGAAAUACAAAAAGCUGCAAAGAAAGCAAUUAAUCAAGUACAAGAACUUCUCUUUAGUCAUGGUAUCGAAGGAAUCAAGAAAUACAUGAAAAUGCAAGGAAACGCUAUAGUUUUAGAAAUUCCUCAAAAUAUUGAAAAAUCUCACAAAAACAAAGCCGAAAACAUUACAUUAAACGAAACACAAAAGUUCAUUCAGUUCAUAAACAAAACAAUACACGAUAUAAGUUACGAUGAACCUCCAAAAUUUGACAAAAACUACACAAUUUUCAUUGACCACAGAGUUCUUUACAAUUCAACGAUCACACCAUUUAAAGAAGUUUCCUUUACCAUUCCCAAAGACAGGAAAGCCAUUAUCAGAGUCCCUGAAGUUUCAAAGACAACGACAAUUGAAGAAAUCAUCAGGAAUUACUGUGAACCUCAAAACAUUGAUUUCUCAGCAUUUUCGGACAUAACAGUUUCGAUGAAAAUCGGAAUGACAGUGUUUGGAGAUGUAGAAGUCAUUGAUAUGAAAAUCAUGGGCGUCAGUUCAGGAAAUCCUUCACUUGCUAAGCAACUAGCGCAAGCAAUGAAUCAUCGACAAAACAAUGAAACAACAAACAUUUCUCAAGAAUUUAUCAACAUGAAUUUAACAGGUGUUUAUCUUCUUUUUGGCGAAAAAUACAACAAAAUCAUUGAUAAACAAGAAAAUGUUAAUCAAACUGCUGAAAAUUCUGAAAUUGUUGAUGAUGAGAAAUGCAAAGAAUUCAAUGAAAGUUUAGAUCAUUUUAAGUUCCUUUUAGAUGAAGAUCUUGAAUUCCGUUAUGCAGCAACAGAAGAACAGAAACAAAAGUUCAGGGAAACAAUAGAAAAUAUAACUAAUUCUGAUCAUAAAUGUAAUAAAAUGACAUUGUUCCCAUUGUUAGAAAUGGCUAUCCUUAAAGUCAGUUUUAUAAAUAGAGCAAAUGAAAUUGAUCAAUUAAGGAAAUCAUUCAAUGACUUAUCAAAUGAUUGCGCAAAUAGUAAGAAAUGUGUUGAUGAAGUUAAACAGAAUAUUACUAAUUUUGUUAAUGAAGCAAAUGAAGUUUUCAAUAAAUGGGAAGAAGACUUUAAUUUCACAAGCGAAGACAUUAAAAAUCAGAAAGACAAACUCGCGGAAUUCAAGAAGUAUUCGAGUAGUAAAUUAAGUGAAACAAUAACUUUGACAAGAGAAAUGCUUCAAAACCCUGAACUUUUGCAGAAAUUAGGAUUAGGAAAUCUCAAAAUUAUGUUUGGAAAUCCAAGUGAAGAUAAAGAAAAGAAACAAGAGAAAAUACCAAGAGAAGAACAAGAAAUCAUUGAUGAAAAGAAGAGAGUUCUCGAGAAAUUGGAUUAUUUAAGAAAGAAUGCUUCUAAAUACUUUGAUAUGGCUUCUGAAGCUUUGAAAGCUUCUCUGAAUUCAACAACAAUGAUAGAUGAAAUGAAACAUCAAAGUGACUACAUGAACUACACUGUUAUGGCCAUGUCUUUCCAGAGUUCUCAGCCAGAAGUAAUUGAUGAAUAUAAAAGAUUGGAAAGAAGACACAAAGAAAUGAAACUAAGAAGAGAAGCAAGAGAGAAACCUUUCUUCGAUGAAGAAAUUCCUGAAAUGGAUUACGAACCUCCUCAACCUCCACAACCACCUGAACAGAGAAAUAUUAUUAUAAUAAAACGUGCAGAACCAAAACCAGCAAAUGCAACAAAUCAAACAACUGUAAAUAAUCAAACAGUUAAAAUCAUUACUGUACCAAUUAAAGCAGGAAAUCUAACAGCUAAAAUAGCUCCAACAAAUCAAACAAUAACUAAUAUAGUUAAUCAAACAGUUGUAAGCAAUCAGACAACUGUAAAUGUAAAUAAUCAAACUGUUCAGGCAGGAAAUAAUUUGACUGUUAUUAAUAACAAAACAGAAAACAAAGGAACUGUUUUAGUUAAUCAAACAGUUCAUAAUGAUUCCAAACAAGUUAAUGUAACAAAUGAUGUUAAACAACAAGAAACAAAGCAAAAUAUUGUUUCUAAUUCUAAUGAAGCCAAAACAGAGAAGGUUAAUGAAACUAAACAAGACAAUGUAGCAAAUCAAACGCAAGCUAAAUCUAAACCAAUCACUGUUCAAACAGAUAAUAACCAAACUAUUGUUACUAAUCAAACUGAUUCCCAAGAAGAAACAAAUCAAACUAAUGUUCCGUAA